AUGUCGACCACUGUUGGAGCUUUCAUAGCUGGUGGCAUCGCCGCCUGCGGUGCUGUCACGGCCACGCAUCCUUUCGAAACCGUCAAGAUUCGAAUGCAGCUGCAAGGCGAGCUCCAAUCCAAAGGCCACCAGCCACAUCACUACCGAGGCCCCAUCCACGGUGUCAGCGUCAUUGUCCGAAAUGAGGGCAUUCGUGGCAUAUACAGAGGUUUAGGAUGCGCAUACGUGUAUCAGAUCUUGCUCAACGGCUGCCGGUUGGGUUUCUAUGAGCCCAUGCGCCAUGGUCUCGCGUCCCUCCUGUUGAACGAUGGUGCUAGGCAGAAUCUCGCCAUCAAUAUGUUUUGCGGCGCAUCAUCGGGCAUCAUUGGCGCCGCCGCCGGCUCCCCUUUCUUCCUCGUCAAGACCCGUCUUCAGAGCUAUUCACCCUUCCUCCCUGUCGGCACACAGCACAAAUACCGCAAUGCGAUCGAUGGUACGCGCCAGAUUUACAAGGCGGGUGGCAUCGGUGGCCUAUACAGAGGUGUGGGCGCGGCCAUGAUUCGUACCGGCUUCGGUAGCUCCGUACAGCUACCCACAUACUUCCUAGCAAAGAGAAUGCUCACGAAGCACGUGGGCAUGGAGGAGGGUGCGCCAUUACAUCUGGCAAGCAGUACUGCAUCAGGCUUUGUAGUCUGCUGCUUCAUGCAUCCACCAGAUACUAUCAUGUCACGUCUCUAUAACCAACAUGGUGACCUGUACAAGGGUGUUUUUGACUGCCUGGGCAAGACGAUCCGUACCGAAGGUUUCUUUGCCAUCUACAAGGGCUUCCUCCCCCAUCUAGCUCGCAUAUUACCACAUACCAUUCUGACACUCAGUCUUGCUGAGCAAACCAACAAGUUGGUUCGAAAGAUUGAGCAGAAAAUUCUACCCGCUUCAGAGUUUGGUGAUGCUCGUUAA